AUGAUUCUACUGUCGGUGAUAUGUCUGCUCCAGGAGGCCCAUGAGAGAGAAAGUAGCUCCCUCCUCCCAGGCCCUGCUGUUCAGGCAGAUUUACUGUCAUUCUUGAAGAUGGCAGCUCUUGGCCUGGUUCCUACAUGUGCUAUGCCCAACCAGGAGCCUGCCUAUAUCCAUGAGUCAGAAAUUCCUCUUUCUUCAAAAGACCAUUCCUGUCCCCAGGAUGUGGACCUGUUUGCAUGCAAUGGCCUGGAGCCUCAUACAUCAACCAGUGUUGAACCACCUCAGGAAUCAGUGACUUUCCAGGAUGUUGCUGUAGACUUCACUGAGAAGGAGUGGCCCUUGCUGGACUCUACUCAGAGAAAACUGUACAAAGAUGUGAUGCUGGAGAACUAUAGCAACCUUGCUUCAGUGGGGUGCCAGGUGGGCAAACCCAGCCUCAUCUCCCACUUGGAGCAAGAAGAGGAGCUGAGGACAGAGGAUCGGGAGCUUCACCGAGGCCCUUGUCCCGAUUGGGCGACGCCAUCUCAAACCAAAUGGUCAAUUCUUAUGGAAGAUAUUUUUGGGAAGGAAACAUCUAAUGGUGUGACAGUGGAAAGCAGUCAGCUUGGAGAGAAGUCCACGGAAUACACUAACCUGUUUGACGUCUUCAGCAUAGGCGCUCAUCUCACUCAGCAGAUGGGAAGGCACACUGGCAAGAGACCGUAUCACCUCCGGGACUGUGGGGUGGCUUUCAGGAACAGGUCCCAUGUAACUCAACACGUGAGCAUUUACAACGGGAGGAAGAUGCACGAAUGUCAUCAGUGCCAGAAAGCCUUCACCACAAGUGCUUCCCUCACACGGCACAGGAGAAUACAUACUGGGGAGAAGCCCUAUGAGUGCAGUGCUUGCGGGAAGGCUUUCAAUGAUCCCUCAGCCCUCAGGAGUCACGCAAGAACUCACCUCACAGAGAAGCCCUUUGACUGCAGUCAAUGUGGGAAUGCCUUCCGCACCCUCUCCUCCCUGAAGAUACACAUGAGAGUCCACACUGGGGAGCGGCCGUACAAGUGUGACGAGUGUGGGAAGGCUUAUGGCCGGAGCUGCCACCUCAUUGCCCACAGGAGAACACACACUGGGGAGAGACCCUACGAGUGUCAUGAUUGUGGCAAGGCUUUCCAGCACCCCUCCCAUCUCAAAGAGCAUGUCAGGAAUCACACUGGGGAGAAGCCCUACGAGUGCACGCAGUGUGGAAAAGCCUUCCGGUGGAAGUCAAACUUUAACUUGCACAAGAAGAACCACGCAGUAGAGAAAAGCUAUGAGUGUAAGGAGUGUGGGAAAUCUUUCGGGGACCUCCUGUCCCGGAGGAAACACAUGAGAAUUCACAUUGUUAAGAAGCCUGUUGAGUGCAGACAGUGCGGGAAGGCAUUCAGGAACCAGUCCAUCCUCAAGACGCACAUGAAUUCCCAUACUGGAGAGAAGCCGUAUGGAUGCGACCUCUGCGGGAAAGCCUUCAGUGCGAGCUCCAACUUAACUGCGCACAGGAAGAUCCACACCCAAGAGAGACGCUACGAGUGUGCUGCCUGCGGGAAGGUCUUCGGAGACUAUUUAUCCCGGAGGAGGCAUAUGAGCAUUCAUCUAGUGAAGAAGCGUGUUGAAUGCAGACAGUGUGGGAAAGCCUUCAGAAACCAGUCGACCCUCAAGACACACAUGAGAAGUCACACAGGAGAGAAGCCUUAUGAGUGCGACCACUGUGGGAAGGCCUUCAGCAUCGGCUCAAACCUCAAUGUACACAGGAGGAUACACACUGGGGAGAAGCCUUAUGAGUGCCUGGCCUGCGGGAAAGCCUUCAGUGACCAUUCGUCCCUCAGGAGCCAUGUGAAAACUCACCGGGGUGAGAAGCUCUUUGUGUCAUCGGUGUGGAAAAGGCUCCAGUGA